AUGAUAAAACAUUUUUGUUCAUUUCAGAUGCCAAGGAACUGGACUAGAAAGACCUCUAAAGCGAGUUGGACUGUAGACAACUUGCAGGCAGCUGCUGUACGCAUUAGACAAGGAGUGUCAAUGCGCAAAGUUGCCGAGGAAACUGGUAUUCCUUUCAGCACAUUACAAAGAAGGAUAAAGAAAGAUGAAUUUAAACCUCCAAAACUAGGAAGGCAUGCCGUUUUUAACGAAGAGCAAGAAAAUAUACUUACAGAACGUGUUUUACAAUUAAGUAAUAUGUUUCACGGUUUAACGACAAAUCAACUAAGAAAAACUUCGUUCUUACCUCAAGAUAUUUAUAAUAUUGACGAGACAGAAGCAACCGCAUCAACUAGCAGUAGGAAUGUUAUAGGACCGCAACCUUUCACAAGUGAUGAUAUUACAAAUUAUAAAACAAAUGAUAGUAUAAAUCAAGAGAAUAAUAAAUCCGACAGUGAACCUCUAGCUGGCGUACUUUCACAACUGACACCUAUGCCUUGCAUUGGAAAAGGUAAAAGCAAGGGAAAAAGAACACAACAAUCAGAAAUUCUUACUGCCACGCCUUUGAAAACGGUUUUUAAAGAAAAAGCUAAGAAACGAAAGAAAAAAGAAAAGCAUACAGGAGGCAGAGCCAUUAAGAGAAAAAAAGAAGUAAAAAAGAACUUAUUUAAGUCAAGUUCGUCUGAAGAAUCGGCUGAUGAACAGGUUCCGUAUGAGAGUGGUGACAGUGACUUAGAAAAUAUUGAACUCCCACUAAACAUCCAGAAAAACACUCAGAUAGAGCGUGAUCAGUCUGUGUGCACGAUAUGCCUCGAAGAGGGAAAACCGAGAGAAAUCUGGUACCGAUGCCAUCUCUGUGCUGGAUGGGCCCAUGAGGCAUGUACAGAAUGUGAUGAUCCAAGUCGCUAUCGCUGUGAUUUUUGCAUUAAUUAA